CUGAGGGCGGCGGGGCGGGGCUGCUGCCGGCGCGGCGCCGGGCGGCGGCCACAAAAUGGCGGCGCCCGGCGGGACACGCGGGGAGGCGGCCGAGGAGGCUCCGCCGGCGGCCAAGCGGGCCCGGGGGCAGCGGCGGCUGCUGGUGGUGCUGGAGGGGGCGAGCCUGGAGACCGUGAAGGUGGGGAAGACGUUCGAGCUCCUCAACUGCGACAAGCACAAGGCGAUGCUGCUGCGGAGCGGCCGGGACCCCGGGGAGGUGCGGCCCGACAUCACCCACCAGAGUCUCCUGAUGCUCAUGGAUAGCCCCCUGAACCGGGCUGGUCUUCUGCAGGUUUACAUCCAUACCCAGAAGAAUGUCUUAAUUGAGGUCAAUCCUCAGACCAGGAUCCCAAGAACUUUUGAUCGGUUUUGUGGUCUUAUGGUUCAGUUGCUGCAUAAGCUCAGUGUCCGAGCAGCUGAUGGGCCUCAGAAGCUGUUGAAGGUGAUUAAAAAUCCAAUCAGUGACCAUCUCCCUGUGGGCUGUAUGAAGAUAGGUACUUCUUUUGCAGUUCCAAAUGUGACAGACCUGCGUGAACUGGUUCCUACAGCAGAGCCAGUAACUAUUGUUGUGGGAGCUUUUGCCCAUGGUUCGGUCAAUGUUGACUAUACAGAAAAGAUGAUUUCUAUCAGCAACUAUCCUCUCUCUGCUGCCUUGACAUGUGCUAAAAUUACUACUGCCUUUGAGGAAGUCUGGGGAGUGGUAUGAGCUUCUGCCUCUGCUGCUGUCAUGGUGGACUACUAUACAGUGACUCCAGAUUUUGGAGAGGCUUUUUCACUUCUGUGUGGGCCUGGUGCAGCUUUGGACUCCUGGAUGGGAAAAGGCUUCAAUUUUGUCCUUGCAGCUUCUGGAACAACAUGACUUUGAAUUGACUGCCCUAGCAACCCUUUUUCCUAUUAAAGGUAACUUUUGAUAAGA